ACUCGAAACAUAGUCGCUAACAGUCAGUAUUUGAACGUACUUACAUCUGCGACAAAAAAUUACGAUGAAAUUCCUAGUGACAAUAUUUUGCGCAUCGUUGUUAUUUAAAACAAUAGAGAGUAAUUGCAAUAAUGAUAAUAAUGGACAAGAUUUAACCGUGAUCGUUUCAUUUCAAAGUUUGCACGAGUUAAGCAUAUGGUUUUUUAAAAAUCAACUCGCUCCUGUUUACGAAGAAUUGUCCAAAUGUGUCAAAUGGCAUUUCAUUCCUUGCUCAACAACCGAAAUCGUCGACCAAGUAAAAAACUGCGACAAAGAUGAUCUACAGGAAUGUCAACUUGAUGCAAUGCACGCAUGCGCCGCUCAUAUCUACGAAGAUUCCGAAUAUCAACUCGGACAUUUUUUCAUAUGCAUGAUGACAUCUGAGGAACAGUUCUGCAAAGGAGAACAGUGUGCCAACAGUGCUGGCUUAGACUGGCAGAAGAUAAAGAAAUGCAACCCGUCCCAACAAGCUGCCAAAUUUUGCGUUAACAGAUAUAACCAGUUGAACGCUUUGCAUGUGAUACAUGUUCCAGGAGUGUUUUUCAAUUGGAAAUACGACGUGAAAUUGGAUGAACAUAUUUUCAAGAAUUUUAAAGAGCAUGUUUGCAUACGUUUACAAGAAAUGGGCAAGUCUUGCGCUGCAUGCCCAUCUAGCCCACCUAGUGGACAAAAUGGUCGCUAAAGUACC